AGUACUCCUUCCACAAAACUAAUUAAACCUAUUAACCAAACCUAGCCCUCUUCACCCUUUUUGCUUAGUUUAGUUUUGUUUGUCUCAUUUCUCUAUCUUCAUGGACGUUCGCCGGCGACCCCCGCUCCCUCCCCGAGCCGGCGGCGGCGAACCAGUCAAAAAUCACCAGAGAAACCAUCCCAAGGCCUCUGACGCGCUGCCGUUGCCCUUGUACUUGACCAAUGGCUUGUUCUUCACCCUCUUCUUCACCGUCGCUUACUUCCUCCUCCACCGCUGGCGGGAGAAGAUCCGCACCUCCACUCCUCUCCACGUCGUCACGCUCUCCGAGAUCAUCGCCCUCCUCUCCCUCUUCGCCUCCGUCAUCUACCUCCUCGGCUUCUUCGGCAUUGACUUCGUCCAGUCCUUCGUCCAUCCCCGCGCUCCCCACGACCCGUGGAAUGACGUUGUAAGGCCCCUACCGCGCCGCCGACAAAGCGACGUCGUGCCACAGAUAGUGUCGCGGAGCCACGAUCACCUCCUCCGCGGCACUAAUUCUUCUUCUGUUCCGGCCGUGCCGGAGCAGGAGGACGAGGAGAUAAUAAACUCCAUUGUGUCCGGAGCGACGCCGUCGUACACUCUGGAGUCGAAUCUCGGAGACUGCCGGAGAGCCGCCGCCAUACGACGGGAGGCGCUGCAGCGAACAACCUGUCGUUCGCUUGAGGGACUCCCUUUGGAAGGCUUUGAUUACGACUCUAUACUCGGACAGUGCUGUGAGAUGCCGAUUGGCUAUGUACAGAUUCCGGUGGGAGUCGCCGGACCUCUACUGCUCAACGGCGAGGAGCUCACCGUCCCAAUGGCGACCACCGAGGGCUGCCUCGUAGCCAGCACCAACAGAGGCUGCAAGGCCAUUUACGCCUCCGGCGGUGCCCACGGUGUCAUUCUCAAAGACGGCAUGACCAGAGCUCCGGUGGUGCGGUUCAGCUCCGCUGUCAGAGCUGCCGAGCUUAAGUUCUUCCUGGAAGACCCGGAAAACUUCGAUUCUCUGGCCAUUGUUUUCAACAGAUCUAGUAGAUUUGCUAAGCUUCAGGGGAUUAAAUGCACAGUUGCAGGCAAGAAUCUGUACGUGAGGUUUACUUGUAGCACUGGAGAUGCAAUGGGGAUGAACAUGGUCUCUAAAGGGGUCCAAAAUGUGUUGGAUUUUCUCCAGAAUGACUUUCCCGACAUGGAUGUUAUCGGCAUCUCCGGGAAUUUCUGCUCGGACAAGAAACCGGCAGCGGUGAAUUGGAUAGAAGGGAGAGGCAAAUCAGUGGUCUGCGAAGCUGUGAUCAAGGAAGAAGUGGUGAGAAAAGUACUGAAGACCAAUGUAGCUGCUCUAGUGGAGCUUAACAUGCUUAAAAACCUUACCGGGUCUGCAAUGGCCGGCGCUCUUGGCGGGUUCAAUGCGCACGCUAGCAACAUUGUCGCGGCAGUGUACAUAGCUACUGGCCAGGACCCUGCACAGAAUGUGGAAAGCUCUCACUGUAUUACCAUGAUGGAGGCCAUAAACGAUGGCAAGGACCUUCAUGUCUCAGUCACCAUGCCUUCCAUUGAGGUGGGAACAGUUGGCGGUGGAACACAACUAGCCUCACAAGCAGCCUGCCUGAACUUAUUGGGAGUUAAGGGUGCCAGCAAGGAGAUCCCUGGUGCAAACUCAAGGAAACUAGCCACCAUUGUUGCAGGUUCUGUUCUAGCAGGAGAGCUCUCUCUCAUGUCAGCCCUUGCAGCAGGUCAGCUGGUUAAGAGUCACAUGAUAUACAACAGGUCUAGUAAAGAUGUGUCAAAACUUGCCUGCUAAGGACUGAAAGAUUACAAUAAACUAAGGGGGCCUAAACUAAACCCCAAGAAAAGUACAAAAUAAUAAGAGAUUGGGAUGUGGAAGGACCUAAAAAAAGGACAGUCUAAUAAUAGGGUUGGGCGUUGGAGGGGAAGAACAUGGUGGACUAGUGGUGGGUAUGUCACAUGUGUUGGGGAGGAAGGCUUACCAGAGAAUGCACAUGGAUGAGAAGGAAAGGCAAAGAAAGAAAGAAAGAAGUUAAAAAGGGAAAUAAGGGACCUCUGUGCAGUAGUUGCCAUUUAGUGUUUGGCAAGAUGUAUUGGAAAGCUUGCAAAUUGUGAAGUGUGUUUGGUGGAGGAACAAGAGGCUCUCUCCCCAAGGAUGUUGGUAUAUAUUUAGCAGGCUUGUAAUCUUUGAUUUUUUUUUUGGUGUUAAUUUGUUGUUCACUUCUAGUUUGCAAUUUUAGGGACUUAAAUUAAGGCAUUUUUCAGUAAAGGGUUUUUGUCCUUCUAGCUUUGUACAUUAGUGUUAUUUUUUAUCUCAAUAUCAGCCUGGA